AUGGGAAUCAGAGAGGCACUGACUCUGCAGAACAGGCAAGUGCUGAUUUUCUUUAUUGUGCUAAAAUUAUCUCAUGCUAGUACUGAAUCAGUUCGCUAUUCUAUGCCAGAGGAAAGAGAAAUUGGCUCUUUUGUGGCUAAUCUUCUGAAGGACUUGGGGCUAGGGGUGGAGGAGUUGUCCUUCCGGGAGGCCAGGGUGGUAUCUGAGGACAAUGAAAAGCAUUUGCGCCUUAAUUUGCUGACAGGAGAUUUGCUUCUAAAUGAGAAACUGGACAGAGAAGAGCUGUGUGGCUCUGCAGAACCUUGCAUACUGCAUUUCCAGGUGAUGCUGAAACAACCUUUACAGUUUUUUCGGGCUGAACUGCAUGUCAGAGAUGUAAAUGAUAAUUCUCCCACAUUCUUAGACAAGGAAAUAAUUUUGAGAAUAUCAGAAAGUGCUCCCAUUGGAACCACCUUUCUAUUGGAAAGUGCUCAAGAUGUGGACAUAGGAAGGAACAGUCUUCAGAACUACACAAUUAGCCCCAAUUCCCAUUUCCACAUUAAAAUUGGCAACAGUGUUGACGGGAAGAUUUACCCAGAGCUGGUUCUGGAUAGAGCAUUAGAUCAUGAGAAGGAAUCUGAGCACAGAUUAACACUCACAGCACUGGAUGGUGGAUCUCCACCCAGGUCUGGGACAACUUUGGUUCUCAUUAAGGUUUUGGACAUCAAUGAUAAUGCACCUAAGUUUGCUCAGAGUCUCUAUGAGGUGCAGGUCCCAGAGGACACACCCAUUGGGUCUUGGAUAAUCACCAUGUCUGCUAAGGAUCUGGAUGCAGGAAAUCAUGGGAAAAUAUCCUACACGUUUUUCCAUGCAUCUGAAGAUAUUCGCAAAACGUUUGACAUGAACGCAUUAUCUGGGGAAGUUCACUUGAAAUCAGCGCUGGAUUUUGAAGUGAUACAGUCCUAUAGUAUAACUAUUCAGGCAACAGAUGGUGGAGGUCUUUCAGAAGAAUGCACUCUUGGAAUUAAAGUAUUAGAUGUUAAUGACAAUCCACCAGAAAUAAAGAUAUCUUCAGUUACUGAUAGUAUUCCAGAGAAUACUCCAGACACUCUUGUAGCUGUGUUUAGUGUCAGAGACCAAGAUGCAGGAGACAAUGGAAGAACAGUUUGUUCUAUUCAAGAGGACCUCCCCUUUAUUCUGAAACCCAGCUUCAAAAAUUUCUACACUUUAAUUACCGACAAAGCACUAGACAGAGAGGAAAGAGAUGAAUACAACAUCACCAUCACUGUCACCGACUUGGGGACUCCCAGGCUGCAAACCCAGCACACCUUCACCCUGCAGGUGUCCGACGUGAACGACAACGCCCCCGAAUUCACGCAGUCGUCCUACACCCUGUGGGUCCGCGAGAACAACAGCCCCGCCCUGCACAUUGGCACCAUCAGCGCCACAGACAGAGACUCGGGCAGCAACGGAAUAGUCAUAUGGAGCAAUUUAUAG